AUGGUGGCAGACCUCGUGGAAGAGGCCUUCACGGAGGCGUCUCCGACCCUUCCCUCCCUCCCCGCCCGCCGCGGUGUGCCCACGCCAGAGUACCGGCUACAGUGCACGCACCUGAGGCGGUCUCCUCACCCGCGGUGUCACGGUGGCGGCCAUGCCGUUGGGUCCGAGCAGCGCAAUGAAGCUGUCCGAUGCCCUGUCGCGCGCUACGGCCACUCCCUUACUGAGAUACGUCAGGACAUGCUGCUGCUUUUUGGUGGCGUCUCGAACGACAGGGAAUACCUAAAUGAUGCGUGGAUCCUGAGGCUGUCCGAUGCGGAGAUUGAAUCCGUUUCGCUGGAGGUUGUUGGAGACGCACCAAGCGGUCGGGCUGGUCACUCUGCCUACUGCACGCUGAACGGCAAGUAUGCCAUCAUUUUUGGCGGCGCAAAUAGUACGGACUGGUUCAGGGACUUGUACAUUGCCCCCCUGGCUGAGUUGACAAGUUCACUUCGGGCGGUGUUCCAGCGCGUGGAGGCGGUGACUCUGGCGCCUUCUCCUGUGCUGCGGAGUUUUGUCUCUUCUUCUCUCCCCGUAGCUGCAGCUCCAGCGUCAUCCCUCACACGUGAGUCUGCCUCCCUCGCGUGGCCGAGCGCUCGUCGCUCGCACACACUGGUGCCGAUGGAGGAGGGAAAGGCCAUUCUCUUUGGCGGGCACAGUGUUGUUUCCGUCAAUGAUGUCUGGAUACUGGAUGAAAAAUCAUUUGCAUGGAGGCAAGUGGAGACGCGUGGGCUAGACUCGCAGUUUCCUCUGAUGGGGAUCCCAGCAUCGCGGUACUGUCACUCGUCUGUGGUGUACCCCAACCCAACAUCGUCGGCGCAUGCAACGAGUGAUGCCGUUGACUCGUCCGAUACCGCCGCGUCCAGCAGCUAUGCAGAAGUUGGAAGAAGUUUAUACGUGUUCGGCGGGGUCCUCUUUUCCCCCUUCGGUGACAACGCCCUCUGGGAGUUGAGCCUCUCCACCUUUAUCUGGCGUCGAGUAAAAGUGCGGGGCGGAGUUCUUCCACCGCCACGCUUCGGGCAUAUUGCGUGUGUCUUGUCCCACUGUAUGAUUGUGUUUGGUGGGGCGGACAAGUUCCCGUCGGGGCGCUCCCUUGACGACUGCUUCAUGUACAACUUCCGCUCCCGCGAGUGGAGCCCGUUAAAUAGUGUCGCCUCCCGUAGCUUGACUGCGGAUCCCGCCUUCCCCACGCACUGCUCCGCAGAUGCGGCCUUGACGACGGAAGCCGGAUCACAUCUGAAUCCCUCCGCGUUCAGUCACUUGAGUGCCGCUCUUUCGCGGGGUCAUCGAGCGCUGGAGGAGGCGCAGGAGGAGGCGUCAAGUCGCAUGCCGCCGGGUCGUCGCUCGCAUGCCGCCGCUCGCUCCGCUAGAGGUAAAAUUAUUAUAUUUGGUGGAUGGGACGGCUGCCGCGUCGACGGUGAGUGUUUUCAGCUCCGGCUCGCGCCCUCCACACUGCGAGAACGUUGCUAUGCCUUUCUCAUGGGUACACGUCGGCCCGGCAGCUGA